CCAUGGGGACGCUUCUGGCCCUCCUGGUGGGCGCGGCGCUGGUGUCCUCCGCCUGUGGGGGCUGCGUGGAGGUGGACUCAGAAACAGAGGCUGUGUAUGGGAUGACCUUCAAAAUUCUGUGCAUCUCCUGUAAGCGGCGCAGUGAGACCAGCGCCGAGACCUUCACAGAGUGGACCUUCCGGCAGAAAGGAACAGAGGAAUUUGUCAAGAUCCUGCGCUAUGAGAACGAGGUGCUGCAGCUGGAGGAAGAUGAGCGCUUCGAGGGCCGAGUCGUGUGGAAUGGCAGUCGGGGCACCAAGGACCUACAGGACCUGUCCAUCUUCAUCACCAACGUCACCUACAACCACUCGGGCGACUACGAAUGCCACGUCUACCGUCUCCUCUUCUUCGAUAACUACGAGCACAACACCAGCGUCGUCAAGAAGAUCCACCUCGAGGUAGUGGAUAAGGCCAACAGAGACAUGGCAUCCAUCGUGUCGGAGAUUAUGAUGUACGUGCUCAUCGUAGUACUGACCAUAUGGCUUGUGGCGGAGAUGGUGUAUUGCUACAAGAAGAUUGCGGCUGCUACAGAGGCUGCUGCUCAAGAGAAUGCCUCGGAAUACCUGGCCAUUACGUCUGAGAGUAAAGAUAACUGCACAGGCGUCCAGGUGGCUGAAUAGCCCUGGCCCUGGGCUCCACUUCAAGGACGAGCCAGCCCUAAUGGGUAACCUCCCCCCACAGUGGGGAUCAGCCCAUUGGCCUCCCCAGCCCCACAGUUCUGCAGAGGAGCCACCAGGGUGGGAGGGGGCAGGGACUCCACUCCCACCUCACUCACUGCCUCCCAACCCACCCUCCCACCGCCAUGCAUGAUGGGUGAAGCAAUACAGCCCCCCACCCCGCUUCUGCUGCCUGUUUGGGGGGGCGGUGAGGUGGAGGCAGGCCCCGCACCCCUUCUUUUUGCUGAUUUGCACAUAGGCCGCUUUCUACACGCACUGCUGGGUCAGCCGGCCCUGCCCCACCCCUGCCUGAUGGGGGUCAAGAGGGGGUUGGGACAGGGACAGUCCUGGGCAAGGGGUUCUGGGCCUCAUCUCCCUCUGCUUCCUCCAGCUGGACCUGGGGUCCCCUCCCUGUGAUGCCAUCUCAACCUGGCCCACCUGCCCUCUCUCACCAGCCUUCAAUUGUGGUCUCUUGGGAAGGGCCUCUUUGGCCUUGUCUCUCUUUACAGAAGUAGUUUUGUUCAUGAAAUAAAGAUUCUUGGACUUGA